AGGGCAAAAGUAAGAGUGGCAAGACAUUGUAGAGUAGAAGAAAGGAGAAAAAAGAGGAAACGAAUGGACACGAACCUCUCAUAAAAAUUUAUUAUUGUCAAACCUUUAGCUUUGGGACGUCACUUUCAUUUCACUUCUUCCAUUGCAAAUUUCAUUCAUUCACGCUCUCUCUUCCAACUUCUCAGUUUCAUUGCUCUGACGCGGAAUCCCCACCCAGGAAAAUUUUUCUCUUUUAAAAGGGUUCUCUCUCGGUUUCCAAUUCGAUUUUCUUGCGUUUUUCAAUUCAUUCUCUAACAAUCAACUACUUCCUUGACUGCCCCGAUUGAAAUAACAUUCGGGAAAGUUUUGUUGUCUGAUUUUGAUUUGGGGGUUUGUUUUUCUUCGUGGCGUUUUGAAUUGCUAAUUUGCGGUUUGAGUUGAGCCCACCCAGUUGUUGUAAGACUUGGAUUAUAUCUUCCGUUGAUUCGCUGGAGAGGCGUCUUUGGAUUAUCCUUGGUGGUUGGUUGAAAUUUCUAUCGCCAAUCAGAAACCCUAGGAUUUGAGGUUGGUGGGUUUUUAAUUUGAUGGCUGCCGCUGCGAUUUUCUCGUCUUUACGAAGGAGGAGAUCGCCGUCGCUGGAGGCUUUCUUGGCCCCCGUUGACCUCUCCGAUGUGGCCUUAGUUCAAACCCUAGCGUUAGUUGCGACCGAGCUCGUUUCGCGAUUUUCAGACAAGGCCUUCUUCUUCCAGCGCCGGAAUUCGCGAUCUCUGAUACGGAGGCUCCAGGUUUGCCUCGUCUUUUUGGAAUUUUUGAAGGAUUCGGAUGCCACUUUGCCUUACACCGCCUUGCUCUGUUUGAAAGAGCUUUAUUUAUUACUCUACCGCUCCAAGAUACUUCUUGAUUAUUGCUCCGAAUCGAGCAAGUUGUGGCUCUUGCUUCAGAACCACUCCAUCUCCGGCCAUUUCAAUGAUUUGAAUUUAGAGUUGUUGACCUUUUUGGAUGUGUUCCCUCUUGAGGAAGUUGAAUUGGGGGUGGACAUUAGAGAGCAGGUGGAGCUCUUGCAGAAGCAGUUGAAAAGGGCGAGGAUAUUUAUUGAUGAACGUGAUGAAGCGUUGAGGAUUCGCUUCCUUUUGUUUCUUGAGGAAUUUGAGAACGGGCGGCUUCCCAAUCCGAGAGAAAUGAGGGAGUUUUUUGUGGACAAGUUGGGGAUUCGGAAUGCCAAGAGUUGCAGAGCUGAAAUUGAGUUUCUAGAGGAGCAGAUUGUCAAUCAUGAGGGCGACAUCGAGCCCACGGUAGCAGUGCUAUAUGGUUUCGUUGCAUUUACGAGAUACAGCAGGUUUUUCCUCUUUGGGUUUGAGGAAGAUGAAAUCGAAUCAGGUGCAACGAACCAGAAGAAGCUGAAGAAGAAUUUGAUAACACAGGAAAUUGCCGAGACGUUUUUAACCAUUCCAAGGGAUUUCUGCUGUCCAAUAUCACUGGAUUUGAUGAAAGACCCAGUGAUAGUUUCUACAGGCCAGACAUACGAUCGCAGUUCAAUCGUCCGGUGGAUGGAAGAAGGGCACUGCACUUGCCCGAAGACGGGGCAAAUGCUCAUCCAUACCCGCCUCGCUCCCAACCGUGCUUUAAGGAAUUUGAUCAUGCAGUGGUGCAUAGCCCACGGAGUUCCUUAUGAUCCACCAGAGGGGAUGGAUCCAUCUGCAGAAAGUUUUGCAACGGCUUCCCCCACUAGAGCUGCACUAGAAGCCAACAGAGCGACAGCUGCAAUUCUUAUCCAACAGUUAGCAAUUGGAUCACAAGAUGCGCAGACCAUCGCUGCUCGAGAGAUUCGUUUGUUGGCGAAAACAGGGAAAGAGAACCGUGCUUUUAUUGCAGAAGCCGGUGCCAUCCCUCAUCUCCAAAAGUUGCUGGCUUCCCCCAACCCCGUUGCACAGGAGAAUUCGGUGACUGCUAUGCUCAAUCUCUCAAUAUAUGACAAGAACAAAAGUCUGAUUAUGAGUGAGGUAGGGUGCUUAGGAUCAAUAACCGAAGUGUUGAGAUUUGGACACACUACAGAAGCACGGGAAAAUGCUGCAGCUACAUUAUUCAGCCUGUCUGCAGUUCAUGACUUCAAGAAGAGAAUAGCAGAGGAGGGUGGUGCAGUUGAAGCCUUGGCAGGUUUGUUGAGAAAUGGUACACCAAGAGGAAAGAAGGAUGCCGUAACAGCCUUAUUUAAUCUGUCAACCCACACCGAUAACUGUGUGCGGAUGAUCGAGGCCGGGGCAGUAACAGCACUUGUAGGAGCAUUGGGGAAUGAAGGUGUUGCUGAGGAAGCAGCAGGUGCAUUGGCCUUGAUUGUUAGACAGCCCGUUGGUGCUGCAGCAGUGGGUAAAGAGGAGAGAGCCGUGGCAGGAUUGAUAGCAAUGAUGCGAUGUGGGACGCCGAGAGGAAAAGAGAACGCAGUUGCAGCUUUGCUUGAGUUAUGCCGAAGUGGGGGAGCUGCCACAACCGAGCAAGUAUUCAAGGCCCCCGCUUUGGCUGGAUUGCUCCAAACGCUUCUAUUUACCGGUACCAAGCGAGCAAGAAGAAAGGCUGCUUCACUAGCCAGAGUGUUCCAAAGAUGCGAGCAUGUUGCAAUGCAUUAUGGUGGAUUGGGUGUUGGUUAUGCCUAUGCAACUAACUCGGCCUCGGAUCCGAGCUUUACAAGCGAGGUGUCUGUGCCAAUAUCCAUCUCGGUACCCGUCGUAUAGUUGAACCGUUCACCAUUGUCUAGUAGGCUUCAGGCUUUACAUGGGUUCCCAAUUUUGUUAAAAUGUUUACAGAUUCUUUAAUUGAAAUUUAGAAGGGAAGGAUUCUAGCUCAACCAUGUCCAUAUUUUAUGAAACAAUGGUUGCCAUGAAUCAUGUAAUCUACUUUUCUCUUAAAAUACAUGUAUCAUCUGCUGUGGUAGAAAACAUUGGCAAAAAAAUGGAGGCUAUGCUUCAUUCUGAUCCUCGAACUAGGAUGGCCUCUUUCCAUU